GCGUGGUCUGCUCUGAACUCAGGAGGUACCUUGUGCGGCGUCUUCUGGUGUCCUUUGCAGCCGCGUUCUCGGCAGGAGCGAUGCUGGGCUGGAGUCGCCUCACCUUCGUCUUACUGAGCGUGACCGUCACCUGCUCGGUGGCGCAGCACGUGCCACCGAAAAUUACUAGUCUAAGCCUAUCACAUCAAAACAAGAAAAGAAGAGAAAAGUGGACUUCAGACGUGCUCUGCAGGCCAAGCCGAUGGACAGAAGACUGCAGAAAAUCAACCUAUCCUCCCUCUGGACCAACCUAUAGGGGUCCGGUUCCGUGGUACACUAUAAAUCUCGAUUUACCACCGUACAAAAGAUGGCAUGAAUUGAUGGUUGACAAGGCACCAGCGCUAAAAGUUAUAGUGAAUUCCCUGAAAAAUAUGAUAAAUGCAUUUGAGCCAAGUGGAAAAAUUGUGCAGUUAGUGGAUCAAAAGUUGCCUGGUCUACUUGGCAACUUCCCUGGGCCUUUCGAGGAGGAAAUGAAGGGGAUUGCGGCAGUUACUGAAAUACCUUUAGGAGAGAUUAUUUCAUUCAAUAUUUUCUAUGAAUUUUUUACCAUUUGUACUUCAAUAAUAACAGAAGACAAAGAAGGUCAUCUACUACAUGCACGAAACAUGGAUUUUGGAGUAUUUCUUGGGUGGAAUGUAAAUAAUAAUACCUGGGUCGUCACUGAGGAACUAAAACCUUUAACAGUGAAUUUGGACUUCCGAAGAAACAAUAAAACUGUCUUCAAGGCGGCAGGCUUUGCUGGCUAUGUGGGCAUGUUAACAGGAUUCAAACCAGGACUAUUUAGUCUUACGCUCAAUGAACGUUUCAGUACAAAUGGCGGUUUUAUGGGUGUCAUAGAAUGGAUUUUGGGAAAGAAAGAUGCCAAGUGGAUAGGGUUUAUCAUUAGAUCAGUUCUGGAAAAUAGCACAAGUUAUGAAGAAGCCAAGACUAUAUUGACCAAAACCAAGAUAUUGGCCCCAGCAUACUUUAUCCUGGGAGGCAACAAGUCUGGGGAGGGUUGUGUGAUUACACGAGACAGAGAACAGUGUUUGGAUAUAUAUGAACUCAACCCCAAGCAGGGUAUAUGGUAUGUGGUACAAACAAAUUAUGACCGUUGGAAAAAUCCCUUCUUCCUUGAUAAUCGCAGGACACCUGCAAAGAUGUGUCUAAACCAGACAACCCAAGAGAAUAUUUCAUUUGCAACCAUGUACGAUGUCCUGUCAACAAAACCUGUCCUCAACAAGCUGACGGUAUACACAGCCUUGAUAGACGUUACCAAAGGUCAAUUUGAAACAUACCUGCGGGACUGCCCAGACCCCUGUAUAGGUUGGUGAGCACACACCAGGCCUAUAGGAUGCGCCCUGUAUGACAUCAAGAUGGGAGCUCACACGGGGCUGAGAAGUACAGCCGUCUGAUCUCCUUCCAAGACUGAGAUUGAGGGCGGAUUCUCUUUGAGGUGUGAGCUUGUCCUGCUUGGUAUGUUUACUAUUCACAGGCUAUUUUUGCCGUAAUGGUUGAUUUUUCUUAUAUACAGAUAACUCCUUUUAGUGAAGUACAACAAUCAUCCAGAAUUUACUGUGGUUCAUUUCAGUCUGAUUCAUUUGGGAAUGGGGAUGGGCAACUAAAACUAUUGUGGGACCCACCCCCAUUGAAUAAAUCAAGAUUCACUGUGAGCACAGAAUCCUGUACACCUGUGUAAUAGUUAAAUAGUCCACAUUAUUCAGUUUUCACUUUUAUCUACAUACUUGUAUGCUUUUGUCUUUUCUUCCUGCUCUUACUAUUAAAAUGAAUAUACCAUUGUUUUUGCUGUCUCUGACAGCAGUGUAUUUCACUAAUUUUGAUUGGAGGGGGAUGAGACAGGCAUUCAGCUGUAUGUUUCUCUUCAUGGGCAGCACAUGGGCUUUUGACUCUGAAUAGAAGUAUUUUCUGGGGUUCUUGAAGUAACCGGUAUGCAAGGCAGUCUUUUAUACUCAGAAUUGAAGUGUUUCCUUUUUCAUAAUUAACCUACCACCCGCUAACCCCAGGAAGUUAUUAAAUUUCAAAAACAAUCCUGGGUUCUAUGAAUCAAUAGGAAAUAAGCAGGUCAAAGACUAGUGGAAAAUGGGAGGUGAACUGUUAAACUCUCGUAAGUAUCAUUCAUUUAAUAAAUAGAUUUUUAGUUUUUCCUUCUGAUCAAUAUGUAUUUUUCUUAACUAAGUAUAGUUACUAAAAAUGUUUUUCAGAAAUCUAUGAGGAGUGCUGAUAGGACUUGUUAACCUUUCAGACCUUCACAGUUUUGAAAUGUAUGCCAGUUGGGCAAGACUGUAGCUACUUCAUUUCUGUAUAAUGUCAGCUGUAUUCGUGACAUUCAGUAAACAGUCAUUGGAAGAAGUGUCCGUCAGCAGUCAUGUGGGCUGAGUGUGUACCUCACGUGUUGGUUUGAGGGUGGGGUUAUGGAGAAAUCCAAGCUGAAUAUAAUAUUUGA